GCAUCUUCGGUCAACCGGUGUCUUUAUCACUGCGCAUGCGCACUGGACAGAGCGGGAAAUAAAAUAAUUCUGGACAUUUCUGCUUCUGAGAGUGAGAGCAGCUGCGAGACCGGAGCCGCUUUAAAAUGGAGCUGUGAGGGGAACCAGGUGUGAUUCACUGUAACUGUGUUCAACCAGAGGGACAAUGAUGUCCGAAUGCGACCCGACAGAGACGGAGAGCAGCGGGCUGGACGCCGGGGAGGCAGCGGUGUCACUGCCGGAGUCCAACUUUCUCUCCUCGGACUCUCCUGGGGUUUUGUUUGACAGGAGCCGGGCGGGCUUGGGACUCGCGCUGAACCCCGGGGUCGCCGUUCGUAUGUCGGACUCGUGUGAAAGCGUCCUGACCGAGCUGGAGACGGACGGCUCCGGAGAAGAGGCGCUGCUGCUGCCGUGCUUAGCGGGAGGCUCGUCGUCUCCGCGGGGUGAGAGGGAGAAGCGCAGCAGGCGGAACAGGCACAGCUCCUCGUCGGAUAAAGACACCUUGGCCUCGCCAGGUGCUCCUGACCACUGAGACAGCAGUGAAGGUUGAAGGAAGAGCCACCUGGAUCCAUGCCAGCCACUGCAAGCAUACAGGGACCAGUGGGCGACUUCCACCCCAACGUCCACAAAGCUUAGAGGCGAGAGAAAGAGGAAAGGGUGGAAUAGCGCCUUCCUCCAUCUGUAACGUGCCAAGUUCCAACCAGUAACAGCUGUGCAGAAGCCAGAGUCACCACCGGCAGUGAGUAGUCAAACACAUCACCCAAUUGUAACACCUCGGUGAGAAGGGGGGAGUGCUGAUUGGGCUCUGCCUGCACUCCGAGCUUCAACAAACCGUCAAGAAGGGUGUGACAGUUGUGGUGACGUAGGAGACGCUCACUGUCCAAUGAUGGAAAGCCCACGGCCAUGGCACCCUUUCAGGCUGCAUGGUUGGAGCCUGAGACGAAGUAUUUGUUGGUUAUUGUCGCUGACUGCGAUAGUAAUGAUUUUUUUUUUCACAUCCACAAAUUACGACCAUAUAACUCUGCCAAUGUUACAAAUAUGAGCGUUACAAAUUCAAGCCUCCACCAUCAGCCCAAAAGGGAAUGGCAGAGAAAGCAAGAAUGGCAGGAAGGAAAAAUAGUUUUCCACUGCCCUGCCAGUCGAUGUGAUCUGAAUAACUUCAAUUUAUACAAUUGACCAUGAUGCUCUGGUGAGACUUGAAAAACACCUCCUUCAAAUCACUUGAUGACGUGAUGUGAUGUGAGAGCAAGAUCUAAGAGUUCAAAUGUAGACUUUGCAUUUUGAUGCAGAAACGACACUCUCAUCUCAGUGUGUGCAUCUCACAGCUCAUUGAAAAGAUAAGUGAUCCACAACCUGUCAGCACCAACGUACAGAUGAGACACCUCAGACAGAUUUGGAAACCUGGGAAUAGCUCUAUUAAAUGCCCGAAAACACAAUGCGAACACCCCAAUUGUCCGGUCUAUACAGUAAGGUUUAGAUCACGAGAUAAUGCUUGGAUAGUAUUAAAUCAAAAACACAUUCGGAUUCAGUGCGACACGGGUGACAGCUGUUUGGUGACUACAUGCUGACUUUAAUUCAGAUUAGAAACAUCCACAGUGGUGUGGCAAACCUUCUAGCUGUGAGACAGCACCUGCUUAUCAGGGUUCAGUAAACUGGCAGCAGAGGUGUGGAGACAACCCGUCUCGUAUGUCACCAUAUCAAGAUAACAACAUUGCACUAACUGUUGUGACUGAAAUUCCUCAGAAAAUAAAUCUUUCAAAUGUUAAGACAUGUCAACACAU